AAUUCGUCCUACGCCAACGAAAAAGGGGAGAAAAUGUGGAGGCGGACUUCGGAGGUGACAUUGGAUGAGUUUUGCGGUUGCGGAAAGAGGACGAUUAUGGUGACGUCGUGGACGGACAACAAUCCGGGAAGGCGAUAUGCAACGUGCAAAGGGAACAAAAACGGACGGGUAAGUUGA